AUGAUCGGCCUCCUAGCUCUCACCUCCAUCCCAACGGUGACAGGAGUAUCACUCGCCUCCAGCGAGCAGCGCAAAGCAAACCAACGCCGAGAGGAAGCCCGGCGGAUGGUCAAAUUCAACAUCUAUGCCGAAUGCGACGGAGACACAGACGAUGACCGCGAACUAAACGGGAUGACGGUCGUCGUAAGAGACGGGAAGGUCUACCUCGCAGAUCCAGACCCCUCCAAGCGCGACCCGCCAGCUUUCACGGCCUUGGCAUUCUACAUCGAGUACCCUGAACCAGAGGAACUAAAAUAUUUAAAACGCGAGCGCGGCCUCGGUCUCCCCACUUAUGUCGCUGAUAAUCCGCCUCUUCUUAAUUGGAUCUAUGCUGAUACGGUGACCCACGAACUGCGGUAUGGGAAUCGCUCACAGAGUGUCGAGGAAAUCGUUGAGCCGUGGGACUGGUGUAAAGAGGAGAGGGUCAUCUCACUCGAAGGUUGGCGGAAAAGGUUCAUGGCUGUUGAGGAAGAAGAGGGUGAAUGGGCGCUAUAUUAUGACCGCGACGGCGAUGAGUUGGCUGCUGUUCUGGAGGAACAGGACAUGUUGGAUUGUGCCUUCGUGCCUGUUACUUUGAUCAGGAAAAUUGUAGAGGAGAAACCUCCUCCGCCUCCCCAAGCUGCUCCCCAGGCGCAGGCGCAGGCACAGAACGGCCAGAGGCAGACGAGCGGCAAAUAA